CGCACAUAUGCUUGAUUUUUCGCCCAUCGGUGCAGAAAGACUUAGCGGGUGCAAAACAAGACAUCUAACUACUUUGUCUGUUUGUCUAACGUUUUUUCAAUUAAUUAACAAUCAGUAAUCGAACGAUGAUAGAAGUUCAUGCAAGAUUACCACAUGGAUCUGUUUUUCUUGCUGGCGAAGUGGUUGAAUGCCAUGUCACAUUUCGAAGCCCUUUUAAAUAUUCUCAGAAACAGAGUCACUCUAAUAAUGAUUUAGAAGAAGUUCUUGCCUGGGCUAGUGCUCAGAUUCAUUGCCAAUGUACUGUUGAUGAUGCAUUAGUGAAAUUUCCUGCCACUGCUUCACAAGAAGAAUUAGCUACAGCUUCUCAAGACACUUCUUUUAUACCAUGUCGAGGUGAAAGUGGCCAUGUUGUGCUAUCAACAAAACCAAAAAUAUUAUUCUGUGACUUAAAACUUUUACCAGGUGAAAGUAAAACUUAUGUCUACCGAGAAACAAUUCCUAAUAAUGCCCCUCCAUCUUAUAGAGGACAGUGCGUUAAAUAUGCAUACAAAAUCACUGUUGGAACUCAACGAGUAAAUGCAGUUAUCAAACUGUUGAAAAUACCCAUAAGAGUGCUUGUUUUAUACGGUGUUCCAGAUAGUCAUUUAUUAGCUGAAAGUGAAGAAUUACAGGUUGCACCUGCUAAUCCAUUUCUUCAAAGUCAGCAGAAACAGCCUACCAUUUCUUCAACUUUGCAGCUAUUAGAAGCCAUUACUGCUCGACGAAAUCCAAGUUAUUACAAUAUCACCAAUCAAAAUGGGAAAGUUGUUAGAUUUUGCUUGCUCAAAUCUGCUUAUCGGCUAGGGGAAGAUAUUAUUGGAGUAUUUGACUUCAGUAAAGCUACUGUAAAAUGUGUUCAGUUUUCAGUUACAUUAGUCAGUGAAGAAGAGUUACAAGAAAAUUGCAAGGGUAGAGCAAAACAGAAUGUUACAACAGUUGCAUAUAAUAAGCACCAUGAAUUUUCUUUACAUGUGAGCCUCACUCAAAUCAUACUUCCUAUUCCAUUAACAAUUACCCCAGCUUUUAGUACUAAUAUUGUAUCAUUAAAAUGGAUGCUACAUUUUGAAUUUGUGACAACUAAUGCACUGCCUACGAUGCCAGAAGCUAGUAGCUCAUCUGAGAAUAUUUCUUGGCAAGGUCCAGCCACUUUAGAUGUACAAACUAUGGUAUGGGAUCUGCCCAUAGAUAUUUAUCCAACUCACCCUCUUCAAGUGGCCCAUGGCCUACCAUCCAAACUGGACCACAUGAUAACAAUUUAAUUUAUAUUGCUAUUGUUUUAAGGAAUUUUAUUACUAUAAAAAUGGUGUAUAAUAUAUAUAUAUAUAUAUAUAUAUAAU